CCACCGCCGGCCAGAGAAAUCGAUUUUCAGCCGGAAGAGGCGUUGCGGCCAGGUCACCAGCCCGCCCUCUCCUGCUGCUGCAUCUAACGUUGGCGGGAACCUGACAGGUUUUCAGGAGCUGUGCAGUGCGGGCGGCUGGCGGUCACGAUGGCGUCGAGUCGGGGGGCGCUCAUCGUGCUGGAGGGCGUGGACCGUGCUGGCAAGACCACGCAGGGCCUCAGGCUGGUGUCCGCGCUGUGUGCCUCGGGCCACAGAGCCGAGCUGCUGCGUUUCCCCGAACGAUCAACAGAAAUCGGCAAACUUCUGAGUUCCUACUUAGAAAAGAAAACAGAACUAGAGGACCAUUCGGUGCACCUGCUUUUUUCUGCAAACCGCUGGGAACAAGUGCCAUUAAUUAAGGCCAAGUUGAACCAGGGUGUGACCCUUGUUUUGGACAGAUACGCCUUUUCUGGGGUUGCCUUCACUAGCGCCAAGGAGAAUUUUACCCUGGAUUGGUGCAAACAACCAGAUGUGGGCCUUCCCAAACCUGACCUGAUCCUGUUCCUUCAGUUACAAUUGCUGGAUGCUGCUGCACGGGGAGAGUUUGGCCUUGAGCGCUAUGAGACUGGGACUUUCCAGGAGCAGGUUCUGCUGUGUUUCCAGCAGCUAAUGAGUGAUAAAGACCUGAACUGGAAGGUGGUUGAUGCUUCUAAAAGCAUUGAGGAUGUCCACCAAGAAAUCCGUGCCCUCUCCGAGGACGCCAUCCGCAACGCUGCACAGAGGCCACUGGAGGAGCUGUGGAAAUAAGUCAGAGGUUCCAAUGCAGAUACUGUUCUCUGGUCCACAGCAGACCAAUGGAGGGCUCAUGUCUCAACACUGCCCAGCAACAGCUAUUUCUCAGCAGGAGAGACCUACAAGCCUCCAUUGUUAACCUGAGAUGUUGAGGGUAUGAACAAGUUGUGCAAUAUCCACCUCUGCAUACCUCUUGGCUGUAAAGGUGGGCUUUAUCACUAGAAAUGUCUUAUGUUUUAUAGAAACUAAUAAAAAUUUACCUGAAAAUGUACCUCAUUGGCUUCCUCUAAGAAUCUG